CGGGACCCAGUUACGGUUAGCCGCUGCGGGAUCGAGGGGCUGCCCCGUCCCCCCACGACCCCCCACUUUGGGCUCGGUCCAUCUGGAGGGGAUCCCCUCCGGGCCACCCGACUGAUCGGAUCACUGCAAGGAUUUUCUUUCACUGAACUAAUCAAGUACUUUGAAAAUGACUUCAAAACUUCUCUCGGUGUCCUUCAUACUGGCUGCAUUAACAUUUUCAAUUACAUUUUCUCUUCAAUCAGAUCAGCAAAAGGUUCUACUAGUUUCAUUUGAUGGAUUUCGUUGGGAUUACUUAUAUAGAGUGCCUACACCUAAUUUUCAUUAUAUUAUGAAGCAUGGUGUCCAUGUGAAACAAGUUACCAAUAUUUUUAUUACAAAAACUUACCCUAACCAUUAUACUUUGGUAACUGGCCUCUUUGCUGAAAGUCAUGGGAUUGUGGCCAAUGACAUGUUUGACCCUAUUCUGAACAAAACUUUCUCCUUGGAACACAUGGAUAUUUAUGCAUCUGAGUUUUGGGAAGAAGCUACACCAAUAUGGAUCACAAACCAGAGGGCAGGAUACACCAGUGGUGCCGCCAUGUGGCCUGGAACCGAUGUGCAAAUACACAAGACCUUUCCUACUCACUAUAUGCCUUACAACGAGUCUGUCUCAUUCGAAGAGAGAGUUGCAAAGAUUAUUGAGUGGUUUACAUCGGAAGAGCCUAUAAAUCUUGGGCUUCUGUAUUGGGAAGAUCCUGAUGACAAGGGUCACGACUUGGGACCUGACAAUCCACUCAUGGACCCUGUUAUUUCAGAUAUUGACAAGAAGUUAGGGUACCUUAUCAAAAUGCUGAAAAAGGCAAAGUUGUGGAACAGUUUGAACCUAAUAAUCACAAGUGAUCAUGGAAUGACCCAGUGUUCUGAUGAAAGGAUAAUAGAACUUGACCAAUAUCUGGAGAGAGAUCACUAUAUUCAGAUUGACCAAUCUCCAGUAGUAGCCAUUUUGCCAAAAGAAGGUAAAUUUGAUGAAGUCUAUGAAGCCUUAGCACAUGCUCAUCCUAAUCUUACAGUUUACAAAAAAGAGGAGAUUUUAGAAAGAUGGCAUUAUCGACACAACAGUAGAAUUCAACCAAUCAUUGCUGUGGCUGAUGAAGGAUGGUAUAUUUUACAGAACAAGUCAGAUGGCUUUAUGUUAGGUAACCAUGGUUAUGACAACGCACUGGCAAAAAUGCAUCCAAUAUUUUUAGCCCAGGGUCCUGCCUUCAGAAAGAAUUUCACAAAAGAAGCCAUGAACUCCACAGAUUUGUACCCACUGCUAUGCCACCUCCUCAAUCUCACAGCCGAGCCACACAAUGGAUCCUUCAGCAGUGUCCGAGAUAUGCUCAGUUCACCAGCCUCAAGAGCAAUUUCUUAUACACAGAGUACAACACUCCUCCGUGGGAGUGGUAAGCCAAGAGAAUAUGACCAACAUGAGUCUUUGGCUUAUUACAUAGGGGUUUUUCUUGGAAGUAUUAUAGUUAUUGUAUUUUUUGUGGCUUCCAUUAAACAUUUAAUUCACAGUCAGAAGCCAGCCUUACCAGAGAUGCAGGCUGAAAUAGCACAACCCUUAUUACAAGCCUGAUGAUACUUUGAAGUGGACAAUGUAUAAUUAUGCCAGCGUUCAAAGGUUUCAUAUUUUAGGAAACCAGCACCAGGCAUGUGCACAAACCAUUCAUCAGUUAUAUUAUAGAUAGAUAAACAUACAUAUGUCAACAUGCCCAUACCUACAAAGGAUUAAAGAUGUGGAUGUAUGUUUUCAUGUUUAUCAGCUUUAGCGGGGCCAGUAGGUUGCCUUGCACGCAGCCAACUCAGGGCUGAUCUCAAGCUUUCCAUAUGGCCUUCCCAGAGUGAUUCCAGAGUGCAAAACAAGGAGUAAGCCCUGAGCACCCCCCCCCAGAUAUGUUCCCCCAAAAGAGUGGGUAAUUUCCUGAUUUAAUCAGACUUGACACAGAUAAAAUAUAUAUUUAGUAAUUCUGCACUAUACAUUGCACUUUACUCUUUUAGUGAGUACUUUGAUAAGAAAUGCAAUUUAUUGGUGAUUUUUCUUAUAAUUUGGUUUGAAAAGCACCAUUUUGUGCCCAUUUAUUAUAGAUUAUUUGUUAAUUGACGAGAAUUACUUGGUUAAUGGAAUAGAAUUCUUAAUAAUCUCUGAAUAGUUGUAGGAAUACAUCCCCUUAUAUUGAGAGAGUACAAAGAAAGUGAAAAUUAUGAAUUAAAUUAGCAACUUUUGUCCAUUGAAUUUCCAACAGUGUUUCCAA